AGAGGUCUCCUCGGAUCUCGCGAGAGGUGAGGAGGUCAGUGAGGGGAGAGUGAUGGCGGCGUCCAGGGGAAGGCUGUUCGUACAGAGACUGAGGAGUGGACUGCCCGGGCUGAUCCCUGUGCGGUGGAGCAGAUAUAGCGCUGCAUACUUGGAUCCUGUCACAGAUAAGGAGAAGUACCAACGCCCUUUAGAAGAAUUAAGUAAAGAAGAAAAGGAAGAAUGGAAUUUAAAAACUGUCAGUCCAAUUAAAGCAUGUCCUCCCAAUCUGACCAGCUCUCUCUUCUAUGACGAAACCGUAAGCAAAUUCACAAACAUGAUGAUGAAGGGCGGCAACAAGAUACUGUCAAGAAACAUCAUGAACAAGUCCUUAGAGAAAAUCAAGAGAACGCAGUUGGAAAAAUAUUACAAAGCCUCCCCUGAAGAGAGGGAAAGUAUUGAGUGCAAUCCUUACACCAUCUUUCAUCAAGCGAUGGACAACUGCCAGCCAAUCAUUGGCCUUACAACCAUCUUAAGAGGCGGGAAAUCCUAUCAGGUACCCACACCGCUGACUGACCAUAGACGUCGCUUCUUGGCCAUGAAGUGGAUAAUUGCAGCAUGCCGAGAGAAGAAGGUUAGGCGGACACGGAUGUAUGAUAAACUUGCUGAUCUAAUCCUGCAAAGUUCCAGUGGGGAAGGAAGUAUUGUCAAGAAAAAACACGAGCUGCAUAAAAUGGCCGAGUCCAACAGGGCGUAUGCUCACUUCCGCUGGUGGUAGAAGUGGCUGCACUCCCCUACCAGUACACAGGGACUGUUCCAGGAGGAGAAGCGGAAAUACAUGUCUAAAUUAGGUAAUCUGUACCAGGCCAGAGGAUUGCAUCUUUUACAUGCUGGCAGAGUGCAUGUGUGUGCAGCAUAUUUGCACCUUCUAACAGACAUACCCACCACAGCGCCCUCCUCCAGCACUUUAAUCCCUCAUUUUUGUAGGAGUCGAGCUCCAUUUUAAUUGCAAGUUACUUUAUCAAUGCCAUUUCUGUUUUUUUCCUGUCCUUUCAGCCAAGGUAAAAACCUUACUAGGUGCACAAAAUGUGAGUCGGGAUAUUUCCAGCCUGCAGAUGCUUACUGUAAAUAUGUUUUCUAAUGUUUUUUUUUCUGCAGAAUAAAUAUUCUGUUUAGGCA